UUGGCUCCUAAAAUAUGCAAUAUUUGUGGCUGUCCCAACAGGAGGACUGUGCCAUAUGGGCUCUCCAACUAUAGAGGCAGCUUUAGAGGCAAAAGAUCUACAGGCCAGAAUCAAAGCACUUCCCAGCCUUCAUUUCGGUGCUCUUGUUUGGACAUCCAUGACAAACAGUGUAUGCAGUUUUGCAGAAGAAUGCAAGACAGAAGAAGCUUUAACAUUUGCUUGCUGAAGCUCAGAAGCAAGAGCUUGAGCUACAACUCUCCCUUGAGAUGGACAAAAUUGAUGCUUCAGUCUGAUGCCAGUGGAGACUUCAGCAGUAUGCACCACUUUCAUUUCAUCAGUGCCAUUCUGAGGGCAUGUGAACCUGUAUGAAGAAGCUCUCUCCACGCUCCCCUCCUGAGAACCUCAGUAAAGGAUAACCUUUAUCACCUAACCUGGCAGGGAACAUAUCAUCACUGAAGAAAAAUUCAAAAGGCAGAUCCAAACUUCAGCAACAGUUUCAGGAAAUGUUUUUCUACCUGGUUUAAAAAGUACAAUAGAAACAUACUGUUUCAGUUACUGCUUGCUACAUGUCUGAAGAGUCCAUCCAGUAUUAUGUGGGCAAUAGUAAUUGGACAAGGUGAUGAGUUAGAGGUUGCCUAUACGUGGGUGCUCAAUAAGAAUAAACAGAUGCAAACUGUUUCCUUUGUUAAUGUAUGCAAGCCUGAAUCAUCAUAUUGUAACUCUGUGGCAGAUGUUUAAAUAACAUUAUCUAUGCAGAAUAAAUAUGAACAUCUAAUAUAAACAUUACUAUAUAGCAAGUUAAGCGUAUACGUUGAGUAUUCAGUAGAUUACCGAAUUUAUGCACAAAUUAUUCCUGCACUACGAAGUUCCAUUCAAAGACAUUUACAGUGAUUAUUUAGGGAUUGCUGUAAUUUAUGAGCAGAACUCCAAUAAUUAAUCCCAAAGAAUCUCCUAGAGAUGAAAGGGCAGGACUGUGGAACUUCAAAUGAAACUUCACACAAAAGAACUUACUGUACUGGACCAUAUACUAUCCAAAGCCACCACGUACAUUAUCAUCCAUAGUUCAUACAUUCCUCUUUGCUAGUACUUUAAAUCACAUUGUUAUCUCUUCACUGAAACAUCACUGAACAACUUGGAAACUUGGCAAUAAGAUUAUAUCCACCCCUGGACACUUUUCAAUGUAAAUGAUUUCUUCAGAAAUUAUGGAAUUCUUAUUUUUUUAUUUUUAUAGGAGGAUGCAAGAGCGAGUAAACUAAAAAAGCCUGUUGCAAAUCUUGUUCAGUAAUAUAAUUUAAAAAGAGGAAAACCCCCUACUUGUGACAUUAUAGAUGUUCGGGGUUUUUUUGUUUGACUGAACUUCAUGCAGACUUUCCCCAGGGUGCAUAAGUUAAACUGUAACCAGAUGACAUUAAAUUAUAUUUUAUCAGAAGAUGGAGACUAAAACAAAAGCUGCAAAAUAAAAAGAACUUAGUG